AUGAGCCAAAGACACAAACAGAAAACCUCAAUCUUGCGCAUGCGUAGUACCGGGCGUUCACGAGGAGCUGAAAAGAAGGCAUCCCAGCAGUCCCCAACAUGUCCAGCCUGGAGAGCUUUCAGAGUCAGCUGUGUUCUGUUAUGGAGAGUCUGUCGGGAGCGGCGGUGGCAGAGCUGGGCAGGCUUCUGAAGCAGAGUUCGGCUGAUGUCUGGACCGGGCCUGCUGUGGAUCCAGUUAUGGUUGCGGGGCGCGAGGGAGAGCGGGACCGACAACAGCUUGUUCAAAAGAUAACGGAUUGGUUUGCGUCCUUCAUGGAAGCAUGGACCAAAGAUGCCGUGGCGAGGAUUCUGAAGAUGCUGAAGUCAUCUGAAUGUCAGGUUUCCCCUGCAGAGCAGAGCAAACGCCUAAAGAUUAGAACUAAACCGAGAAGCAAAACAGUGAAGGGAAGUGUUGCAUCCAGAAGAACUGCAGCCAUGACUGAGCAGACAGACUCUGCCGCUGAAACUGCUCUUCCGGAUUCCGGUGAAGGAGGAGCCGUCCCGGAGGACUCCGACUCCAUGAGUGAGCAGAAGCAGGCAGCAGGACGCUUCCAGUGCCCUUCAUGUGACAAAACGUUUGCUCUGAAGUGUCUGAUGAACCGACACUUCCUGAUCCACAGCCGGCCUCACCUCUGCUCUCAGUGCGGCAAACGCUUCGCCGCUCUCCGUGGACUGACCGCACAUUCCAGGACGCACACGGGGCAGAAGCUGCACAGAUGCGCUCAGUGCGGGACGGGGUUCGCCUACAAGUCCAGCUUUCAGAGGCACAUGCAGAAGCACACCGUGGAGAAAGGCAGGACGCACACGUGUCCGGCGUGCCAGCUUGAGUUCUGGGGGGAGCAGGCGUUUCAGCGCCACAGGUGCUGCGCUCUGACGAAGACCUUCCAGUGCUGCGUCUGUCCAGAAACCUUUGAGUGCCGACAGACUUUAGCCAACCACGAAAACCUCCACUCUGGAGCCCGGGACUUUGUCUGUGAAAGCUGUGGCGAGCGUUUCCUCUCCGCCACGUCGCUAGCCGUGCACAGAGUGAUCCAUGUCCAGAACGAAGACGGCCUCCUGAGCAAAGGGGGCGGAGACAAGGCCUUCACCUGCGACGUCUGCGGCAAACGCUGCAGUCACCGCAGCGCGCUGAAGCACCACAUGCUGACCCACACCGGCGAGCGGCCGUACGUCUGCGAGACGUGCGGCAAGCGCUGCAGCCACGCCAGCGCGCUGCAGAACCACCUGAGGGUCCACACGGGGAGGAAACCGGGCCAGAAGCCCACCUGCAGAGUCUGCAGGAAGAAAUUCAGCUCCGCCGUCAAGCUGAAGUACCACAUGAGCGUCCACACGGGAGAAAAGCCGUACGCCUGCGAUCAGUGCGACAAGCGCUUCAGCAACCCCAGUAACCUGCAGGUGCACCGCAGGAUCCACUCCGGGGAGAAGAAGUACGGCUGCAGCGUCUGCGGGAGGAGGUUCAUCCAGAGAGUCGGUCUGAAGCUCCACAGACGGGUCCACACCGGGGAGACGCCCUUCCACUGCUCCACCUGUGGGAGGGGCUUCACCCACAGGUGUGACUUCAGGAAACACCAGAGGAGACACGAGGGAAGAGAUGAAACGGCUGCAGACGUUUCUACUCUGUGCUGAUUCACUACAGGAGAGGGGGGGACUCCAAAACACAAAAUAAACAUUUAUUGAACACACUAAAA